AUGACUGAACGAAUUCCUGCCACUACUACUGAAACAAACGUAUCGUUAUCAUCUGAUGACGAACUAGAAAGAGCAAGUCGUUAUGACACUGUUAAAUUCGAGUACAAGAACAACAACAUCAACGAAAAUGACUGGUCUUCGUCCGAUGAUAAUGAUGAUGAUGAUGAAGGUGAUGACGACGAGAUCACUCAUCAUCAUAAAGAGCCACCAUAUCUCCAAAAUCUUGAUUGGAUUACUGGUCCCUAUUCUCUUCUUCAUGUUCAUGGCGAACCGAUGAAUCAAUAUGAUCGUCGAAAGGCUUGCUUUUAUCGAGAAAAACUUUUAUCGAUUCGACAUCAAUUAUCAAAUGAUCAUCGUAUUUUACGGCCAAGAUAUAAAGAAACUGGAUAUCAUUUGGAAUCAAUACACACAUUUGAUGACAAAGUCUACAAAUUCAUGACACAAACAGGCAUGUAUUCAUUGGUUUAUAAAAACAGUUGUUCCUAUCCGGAUGGAAGUCAAAAUUGUCUUGCUAAAAUCGUUGAACAAGUGGAAACAAUAUUGGACAAUUUACACGGUUCCAAUUCUAUUACUGAAGCACAAUAUAUGAAGAUGAAGAUCGAUCGUUCCUUGGUACGAAUAAAUUAUGUAUACUUCGUCUCAGAAACACAUAAAGUAUGCUUCAUUUUCUUAUUUUUUUUUCAAUUUUUAUGUUUUUAUUUUGCAUUAACACAUAUAGGAAGAAAUACCAGUUCGGCCGAUC